UCAAUUAGCUGGUGAAAUUAAUGAGUUAAUCAUGCAAUAUUUAAUGUUAAAUUUGGAGUAGGUUUUAAUAUUCAGUUUAUAAUAAAUGUUACGCUGUAUUUUUUUUUUGCUGAAAAUAAAAUUUCAACAUAGUUGUAUAGUUUGAAAUAAAAUACGGUCUAAAGGAAUGUUUGAUCGCCUUUGAAGAAAUGAAUACAAGGAAUUUAAAUUGUAAAAGUGAAUACAGAUACUUCUCAAAGGAAUGGUGAUAAUGUUGAUAAAAUAACUAACUAGCUAUAUAGCACGUUGAACAUUUAAUGUUGAAUAAAAAAAAACAACAACAAAACAACAACAACAACAACAAAACAGUUGGAAUCAAAAUACCAAUGUCAAACACUCUAUUAUACACGGUUUAUACAGUUCUUUGUCUUUGCACAUGCGCAAACAGUGCGUGUACACCAGAGUCUGUGAAAGAUGACCUUGACCAAUGUUUAAUGAACAAUCAAAUGUUGUCGUACUACAUGUUCCCAAUUGUCAACGCUACCAACUACAGGAAUCUUUGUUUUAACACUACGUGCCUUACGUAUUGUAUGGAACUUGUAGCGGAACCAUGUAUGUCAAAUGAUCACACUGUUCAUAUUGGUAACGGUGACGCAUUGACGGCCGCAUAUCUAGGACUCUGUGAUCAGAUCGAGUCUGAGGUCACGGACGCUUUAACUUGUGGUAACUCAGUUGUGAACCAGGACGCCUUGAACGCUAUAAGUACGUUCCAGACGUCACUUGAAAAUUCCUAUGCGACCAGCACUGAGAACACAACGGUGAUCUGCACGGAAUGGUUGACCCUUAAAGGGACAUUAGACACUUUGAUAAAUGGAGUGUGUUCAGGGACAUCUCUCGCACAUUGGCAAAACUUUUUAAACACUGUUUCUCAUAAGUGUGACAACAGUCAGUCUGGUACAUGGUACACAUCCUAUAGACAAACAGCAAACGACAGAUGUUCCGGAAGUGGACAACUAUUUCCUAAUAUAUACUUUAUACUGCUGUUUCUGACAAUAUUGUUAUAUUUCAUAAUGUAACAGUUAUUACAAAUGUAAAAAAAACCUGGACAUUGUGUUUAACAUUAGCAAAUAGCGUGGCGAAUGUACAAAUAUUUCCAAAUAUAUAUUGUGAAUAUGUUUCUUGAAUUUUUCUUGAAAUAUGUGCGUAUUUCUAAAACUGACACCCGUUACGAAUAUUUUAAAAUAAUGGAAAUUACUGGUAUUUUAUGAAAUAUUCCAGCAUCAUUUUCUACUAUUGUAUUUUUAGCUCUUCUAUUCAAUGAAUAGGAAAAGUUUUUGUACUCACCCCGAUGCCUGCGUCACACUCAGUUUAAGUAUUUUUUGAAGUUGGUAUGAAAGGGAAAAUAGGCUUACAACUUCACACACUUAUUUCAGAGUAUAAUAGAAGCUCAGUGUCAAAUGCCCAUAACUUUAACGUAGAUUUUGACAAACAUAUGCCCCAUAUUAUGCUCUUAGAAAAUUCUACAUUAUCCAGGCUCUUAUUUUACUAUCAAACACUGAUAACAGUCGAGCACACUGGCCUUCCGACAGCUUUUGCUUAUCUCUACAAUGAGCUCUAAUAUAAAAUGACGUCACGUUUGACAAUUUUGCUCAUAAUUUGUAAAACUAUUUUCUGCAUAUAUAAAAGAAUCAAAUUGAAUAAAAAAAGUAUAUAAAAUUUAA